GACAGUCAGUUUCUUGGCAGUUCUCCAGUUCAUUCCACUACCUGCAUGCCAGCACAGAGCCUUGAUUAAAGUCCUCCUUGUAAGCUUAGAUGAGUCAAGUCAUUCCGUGCCAGAGGCUUGAAAGAACAUGACAACUGCCUUCAGGUAUGUAGGUGGGGGUUUGCCCAUUUUUGGCUUUGUAGGUGAGUAUCUAUCUCUCCUCCUGCCAUCUGUUAAAAGAUGAUUGGCUGACAAUCGAUAUAAAACGAAUAGGCUUUAUUUUCUCCACGGCAGCCGCCAGCACAAAAUAAGAGAGGAGGAAGUGGUUUGCUGGAGGAACACAUACACUAUGUUGCUGGAAUAUUUUAAAUAUAUAUUUUAUCAAUUAUUUCAUUUCAUACCUUUUUUUCAGUUUGCAUCUUUAAUAUAUAUUUCGAAAUUAAGGUCUACCCAACUCUAUAUUAAACAUUUUUAUUUGGAUGCACAUAAUUAUUUAUUUAAUAUUAAAUCAGAUCCACCUUGGCGUACAGAGGAUAUAAUGCAGAAAUGUUUAGAUAGACUAGAAUCUACGAACGGCCCUGUAGUUUACAAAAGUGGAGAAAUUCAAGAACACGGUCCCAGCAUGGGGCUGGUGUUUCCAAAGCAAAGACCAUGCAAACUAAUCAUUAAUACAGAUACAGGAAAGUUUAUUCCAAAUGGACUUGGCUGUUAUUAUGGUUAUGGUCAUGUCUUGACUGCCUUACAUGUUAUUAAGGACACAGGUCUAGAGAAGUGUGAAAUACUCAUUGCUUUCACUACUGGAGAAAUUAUGUUGGUCUAUAAGGCUGUCUUUACGAAAUCUUGUAACAGUGACACAGACAGAGAUCUGGCUUUUAUUAAAUUACUUGGCGAUACUAGUCCGCUUGGCGAUGGUUUACAGAAUCAGAUUGGUAAAGUCAAUGAAACUGAAAGUGUAUAUUUUUACUCCUCAGGCCCCGAUGGGAAUUUUCUGAAGCAAGAGGGUAAAAUCUGUCGUCCAAAUUUAAACAUGAAGGCACAAAUGUGUACUGAGGAAUUUAUAAUAUCUGUAGCAGGUAAACCUGGAGACAGUGGCUCACCUGUUUACAAUACUAAGGGUGAACUGAUUGGCAUAUAUCGAGGCAUCUUUACACACCCUGAAUGUGAAUAUGGUCGCUGUACUAAAAUUUCUCCACAGUUUUUACCCUGGAUCCAAACAAGUUAUUGUAGUUUUACCUUUUGUAAUGCAACCUCUGACUUACAAAAAACUGACUCCUGCUUGGUUUGACAUUAAUUGAUUUUAGUCUAUCUAAUAUAUUUAAUAUUUAAAUGUAUUAACCUUUAAAUAGUUUUUUAACUUUUAAAUUAAUAAAUCAUGGAUAAAUCUUAGGUCGCAUGUAACUGUUGUUCCCAAAAUUUUGAGCAAAUGGGCCCAGGCACCCCUGAAUAUGGCCACUUUUUAAAAAAUUCUCCACAGUUUAGACCAGCGUCUUAACAAAAUAGUCACACGUUACAGAUUUCUUUCAUGGUAGGUCCUGUAGGACCACAAAAAAUAUUUUUUUCUAUCUUUCUUCAUUUUUUAAUCUUAUGGCAAACUGUUUGUCUCCCUUUCUGUCUUAAGUUACCAAGCCUGAGUAUUGUGUACGUGUGUGUGUGUGAGUGAGUCAAAGUGUGCCACUGUUAUUUUCUGUUUUCUCCGUUUUUUUCUGUUUCAUUUUUGUUUUCUGCCAGACUGAGAAAUAAAAGCUAACAUACAAGCACAACCUGAGUUCUCUGAGUCUCACCUACUGACAGUUUACCACACUGGUGCCAAAACCUGAGAGAUGAGUGCACAACGAAAGCCAUGUGAACGAAUCCCCUGAUGCAGAUCAUCCAGCCUCUAGCCAGCCUCUAGCCAUCCUCUUGCCAGCCUCUAGGAUGCAAGAACAGCAGCAUCAGGGUCUCAUGGGUCAUGGUGUACCUGGAGAUGUUCGAGAUUAACGCCUCAGCAUGUGGCUGGCCAAGAUUGGGGACUGUGCAUUCAAGUCCACCUGAACAGAGGCAUGGCUGCUUUGCAGUGGCUCACUUUGGUUCACACAUCGUUCACACACACACACACACACACACAGAACACUCAGGCUUGGCUCACUAAGAGAGAAAGAGGGACUGCACAGCUUGUUAAAGGGAGAGUUCUCCUUUAUUCACAUUUGACCUUUUCUAAGCACUUAGGGUGAUUUCUAGGCACCUCAGACAGUUUUUAUAUCAAUUGCUUAAACAAUUUGUUAAUCUUCUCAUGCAUAAAUUAUUUAUAGGAAUAUCCAGAUUCAUUUAUGUUUUCUCUUUUUUACAUGUAUGCCUGAAAUGAAAAAAAAAAAUUGUCGAAAAUUUUUAGCAUUUAAGUCUUAAAAUAUGUAAUGUAAAAGACCAAAAAUUUUUUUUAGAAAAUAUAAUUUCUGAACAUACAAAAAAGUUCUUCUCAAAAAUAACACUAAUUAAAAAAUUUUUUUUUUUAAAUUUGCUUUUAAAAACCCAAGGUUAUCAGUGAGGUCUAAUUAAAAUUUAAUUUAAACUAAUUAAAAUAAAGAUAUAGACAACUCAGGUAGCAUACUUAGAGUCAUAAAUUCAUCUUAUUAUAAUAUAUUUUGCAAAAGAAAAAAAAACUGAAACUGUAUGUUUUGACCUAAAAUCUGACUGAGGUGACUAGAAAUUGCCAAAUAAAUAUUUAGAACUGCUCAAAUGUGAAAUAAGGUGAACUUCCCCUUUAUUAUAUAACCAAAAAGUAAACAACAGGCAUGUCUGUUAUUUGCAUCAAGUAAUUGGAUUAUUAUUAUUAUUAUUAUUAUUAUUAUUAUUAUUAUUAUCCUCUGGUAACCACUUCCUCCUCCAUCUUACCUGAUGGCUGCCCAGGGUGAGGUGCCCAAAAUAAGAUACACUAAAGAUGGGUUCCCUUUUGAGUCUGGUUCCUCUCAAGGUUUCUUCCUCAUGUCAUCUCAGGGAGUUUUUCCUUGCCACCGUGGCCUCUGGCUUGCUCACUAGGGAUCUAAAUCUACAUCCAGAAUUCUGUAACAAAAUAUCCAUUGAAACAGAAGAAUGUACGAAUAAAAUUAAACUUUGAAAUGAA